AUUGACAACCCCGCGACAGGCCGCGCCGCUCUGGGUGCUGCCAUUCACCACCAGAUAUUGUCAAAUGCCGUCAACCGCUCUCCCACUAAAAGUUACUCCUGCAUCAACACCAGCAAGGGCUUCACCGCAGCCAUCUGCUUCAGGCUCAAAGACUCCCACAAAGCAUGCCAUUGCCACCAACCCUGGUGAAAUAUCUAGCCCCCAUGAGCUAACAGCUUUCGUCGAAACGUUACUUGAGCAACUAGAUACUCAAUUUGACACCAUGUCGUCUCAGAUUCUUGAUCAUAUGAUGCAAAUGUCGAAUAGAGUGGAUGCACUGGAGGCUGCUAUACAGGAUAUUAUUAGCGGGGAUGUAACCACACCAAGCGCAUCUAUGUCGUCGACACCGCUUCUAGCCGCCGGUGCUGCGCUGCCGGGUAUUCGAAGGAGUGGAAGUGGUACCCAAUGAUGGGGAUAUGACACAGUUUCAGUCUUCAACUUCGUUUCAUCAGUCAACCAUCACAUGCAGACUGACCACUCGUAUUGUUUUGCAAUAGCAGACAAUUGUAUUCUUAUCCGGCUCGGAUCGUCUGCACACGCG